AUGAAAAUCAAAACCAUCUCCCGCAAGGAGGAGAACUAUACACGAUCAGAUAAAUCAGAAAUAUAUAGAGUACAGCGUAACUAUGAUCCUGCUCAGCAUCCGUUCGAAAAGGCCCGUGAGUAUACUCGGGCUAUGAACGCGACGAAAAUGGAACGCAUGUUUGCCAAACCAUUCAUCGCGUCUUUAGAUGGGCAUAGAGAUGGUGUGUAUUGUAUGGCGAAACACCCUACAUUGCUAACCAGUUUAAUUAGUGGAGCAUGUGAUGGAGAAAUCAAGGUAUGGGAUUUAGGUGUGCUGAAAGAAGACAUCACAAUCGAAGCUCACAGGGGGUACGUAAGGGGGUUGACUAUCGCACCGUAUGGUGAGAGUUUUAUGAGUGUGGGGGAUGACAAGACUAUCAAACAGUGGGAUCUGGAGAGCAUGCUGCGCAAUGGCAGUCAAAAUGACAUGCCUAGUGAACUCGGGGUGGGCUUAGACGAGUUUGAGGCGACCCCAAAAUAUAGAUAUACGCCCAAGAAUGUCUGGUUGGGAGUGCACGCAUUCUCCGGGGUGGAUCAUCACAGACGCAAGGGAGUUUUUGCCACCUCUGGUGCGGAGGUGGUGGAGGUGUGGGACCAGCACAGGAGUGAACCUAUCCACGAGUUCAAGUGGGGCGUAGACAGCGUUACCACCGUCAAAUUCAAUCCCGUUGAAGUGGACGUGUUUGCGAGUUGUGCGACGGAUAGGAGUGUGGUGUUGUACGAUUUGAGAUCGGGGUCGAGUUUACAAAAACUUAUUCUGGGUAUGAGGUCGAACGCAGUAUGCUGGAAUCCUAUGGAGGCGUUCAAUUUUACUGUUGCCAAUGAGGAUCACAAUCUGUACACUUUCGAUAUGCGCAAGAUGGACAAGGCCCUAAAUGUACACAAAGACCAUGUGUCUGCAGUACUGGCGGUGGAUUACUCGCCAACGGGAAGGGAGCUGGUCAGUGGUGGCUACGAUAAAUCCUUGCGAAUCUUCGGUAACAAUCAAGGACACAGCCGCGAAGUGUACCAUACGAAGCGAAUGCAGCGCGUGUUCUCCGUCUUGUUCAGUCAGGACGCGAAAUAUGUACUCAGUGGUUCAGACGAGACAAAUAUACGUGUUUGGAAAGCAAACGCAUCAGAAAAGAUGGGUCCCAUGGCGCCGCGACAAAGGGUAGCUGUCGAAUAUGCUAACGAGCUGAAGGAACGAUUUCAACACCAUCCCGAAAUCAAACGUAUUGCGAGGCAUCGACACGUUCCGAAGGCUAUUCGCUCUGCUGCUGCGAAGAAACGAAUCAUUACAGAAUCAGAGAGGAGGAAGAAAAACAACAAACGAGCUCAUAGCAAACCCGGAACGAUUAAGGAUGUUCCUGAGAGGAAAAAGCACGUGGUUGCCACCCAAGAUUGAAUCAACUAGAUUGUAAGAUAGCUUUCAGAUGACAAACCGAAGUUGGCUGGAAAGCUGGUGAUUUGUUAGACCGUUGAGGAACGAAGAAGACAUGGCUUACUCGUUUGAGACAUCAUGGCUUUGAAGCCUUUCGAUUA